CAGCUGCUGCAGCAGACCGUAAACCACGUGACCCUCCCGUUCCUCAGCUGCCACCCCCACUCCGUCCCUUCCCAGAACCGAACAAGUUCUGGUCUCAGUCCCAGGUCCAGUUCGUCCAGGUCCUCCGAUCCGGAGCCGUGAGAGCGGAGCCUGAGCUGCUGUCUGCCCAUCGAGCUGCGCCCUGAGUCGAACUUGACCGUCUUCAUGUCCAGAAAAGCAGGAAACCACGGACCAGAGAUGGAGAUGCAGGUGGACUCGUCCAUCAUCCGGAUCCCGCCACAUCACUACAUCCAUGUCCUGGACCAGAACACCAACAUCGCUCGCGUGGAGAUCGGACCGCUCACCUACAUCCGCCAGGACAACGAGAGGGUUCUGUUCCCGCCGGUCCGGAUGAUCAUGGUCCCGCCUCGCCACUACUGCGUGGUGUCCAAUCCCGUCGCCCGGGACGACGACAAUGAGGUCCUCUUUGACCAAUCGGGUCAGGCCAAGCUGCGCCACGCCGACCUGGAGAUCCGGCUGACCCGGGACCCGUUCCCGCUCUACCCUGGAGAGGAGAUCCAGCAGAAUGUGACACCGCUGCAGAUCGUUUACCCAGACACAGCGCUCCGUCUCCAGGCGCUGCUGGACUUUGAGGACGAGGGACGAGUGAAGCGGGUGGCUGGAGACGAGUGGCUGUUCGAAGGUCCAGGGACCUACAUCCCCCGGAAGGAGGUGGUGGUUCUGGAGACCAUCAAGGCCACGGUGAUCCGGGAGAACCAGGCCAUCCGGCUCAGGGCGCGAAAGGAAGGCAAAGACCGCGGUGGCGUCCAGAGAGUCACAGGUGAGGAGUGGCUGGUGAGCAAGGUGGGGGCGUACCUGCCGGGUGCUCACGAAGAGGUCAUCGACAUUGUCAAUGCCUUCAUCCUGACCGACAAGAAAGCGCUGCAUGUUCGCGCCCUGCGGCCCUUCAAGGACGCCGGCGGGCGUGAGCGGCGUACGGGCGAGGAGUGGCUGGUCACCAUGGCCGACAGGGAGGCGCACAUCCCAUCUGUAGCUGAGGAGGUGGUGGGGGUGGUGAACGUCACCACCCUGAGCAGCAGGCAGUACUGCGUGAUCCUGGACCCGGUCGGCACCGAUGGGAAGCCUCAGCUGGGCCAGAAGAAGGUGGUGAAGGGGGAGCUCUCGUUUUUCCUGCAGCCUGGAGAGGAGCUGGAAAACGGCAUCCAGAGCGUGUACGUGCUGUCGGAGGAGGAAGGCCUGGUUCUGCGGGCCGUGGAGGCCUUUCAUGACACGGAGGUGAGGAGCAACGCGUUUCUAUCCUGGAUGCAGAUUAUUAUUCUAGAUUAGAGCUGAAGCUUCGUU